AUGGAUGAGACGGGUCAGCUGCAGUCGGGCCAGGUUUUCGUGCAAUACACCGUGAACAUGUCGCUGAAAUCGCUAUCGCAAUUCGCCUUGAAAGCAAUUGUGACCGGUAAGAUGAUGUUUGAAGCAGUGGACAUUCCUGAGUUGCAUCACUUGGUCGAUGUCGUAGUGUUCCCGCAGCACGGUCCGCGGCCACAUCCGGACGAAAUGGCUGGAUCAGACUUGGAUGGCGACGAAUAUGUUGUUAUCUGGGAUCCGGAUUUAAUGCUUCAGCACAGUGAGAACGCGCAGGAUUUUGCUCAAAAAGGUGUUCUCGAGAAUAAAAUAGUGGGACCAGAAAAUAUGGCUUCGGAAAUGACGAAAUUUUUUGUGGAUUUUAUAACGCAAGAAUCGAUCGGUUACAUUUCAAACGCUAUGCUAGUUAACGCAGACCUUUACGGCAUCAAUAGUGAGGCUUCGGAAAUGACGAAAUUUUUUGUGGAUUUUAUCACGCAAGAAUCGAUCGGUUACAUUUCAAACGCUAUGCUAGUUAACGCAGACCUUUACGGCAUCAAUAGUGAGGUCUGCAUGAACAUUGCAAAGAAACAUUCGGAAGCCGUAGAUUUUCAAAAAACUGGAAAUGCACCAAAACCACUAACAAGGCGUCCGACAAACGAUGAGCAUGGACGCGUGAUUCCACAAGAAAGAGCCUAUUGGUGGCCCGAUUUCAUGGAAAAAAUCAACGAGCCAAGCUAUGCCUCAUCGCACUUGCUCGGCCAGUUAUACAGCGAUAAGCCGCCAGCCUUUCUAGUUUUGGACGGUACUCGAAAGGGCGAACUCAGUCUUGUUGGGCUGUAG